AUGACUUCCAUAACUGAUAGCCAUUAUCGAUACACGCGACUGGAUGACUUCCCUUCGUCUUCAGCAGAAUUCUUUGCUGACACUUUACAAAAGCAACAGAUAAUAUUGACUGAACAGGAUAGAGACCUGGAAAAAGUGGGCGAUUCAGUGCAACUGCUAAAAAAUAUGAGUGGUCGAAUUGGGACGGAGCUUGAAGAGCAAUCAAUAAUGUUGGAUGAUUUGACUACAGAUAUGGAACGGACAGGGAUGAAGCUGGAUGAAAUGGUGAAGAAAAUUGCUAAAUUGACUAAUAUGAAUGAUGGAAGGACCAUCACUAUUGUACCUAGUAGCUCUCCUCAAAAGUCAUCUUCGAACAUUUUGAAGUUAACAUAUGAGGAAAGAAGAGUACAGUCUAGGAUACGCAAACAUUGCUCUAUUCUGGCUGCUUGA